AUGCCAACCAGCUAUUUGAUCACCGGAGCCGCCCGAGGUCUUGGAUACGCCCUCGUCAAGGUCCUAGCCGCCAAGCCUGAAACCAUCAUUCUGGCCCUCGUGAGGAACAAGAAGGCUGCCGAGCAGCGUCUUGCGGCGGACAAUAUCGCCAACGUCCAUGUUCUUGUCGCCGACGUCACUGAUGACAGCGCUUUGAAGGAUGCCGCUGCGGAGGCACGGAAUAUCCUCGGCUCCCAGGGGCUGGAUGUGCUCAUCCACAACGCCGCUUUUGUGAGCGAGCAGACAGCCCUAACUUCUGUCAACGACUACGAGAACGAACCGAAGACAAUCAUCGAAGACACACAGCGGAGUGUCGAGGUCAACGUCUUUGGAACCCUGAAGGUUACUCUAUCCUUCCUGGACCUCGUGCGGCAAAGCCGGAUAAAAAAGGUGGUCGCAAUUUCCAGUGGGAUGGGCGAUGUUGACAUGAUCAAUGAAAUUCAGCUCGCCAACGCCGCGCCGUACGCGAUCAGCAAGGGAGCUCUCAAUGUCCUUGUCGCCAAGCUCAAUGCCGCAUACGCAAGGGAAGGCAUCCUCUGCAUGUCGAUCUGUCCGGGGCGGGUGGAUACUCUAGAGGGGCCAAUGCCGGAGUGUACGGAGCCCAUCCUUUCUCGCGUGAAAGGCAUAGAAGCAAAGUUCGAGGCGUACGUAGGGGCUAGGGUUGUUCCGAUGCGGCCGGAGGAUGCUGCAGAGAGUGUUUUGGCCGCGGUUGACCGGCAGUCCCUAGCUGGUGGGUUCGGGGGCUCUUUCUGGAGUCACAAUGGGACCAAGAGGUGGUCUUAG